UAAAUAUCGCUUGCUACCUAGUCCAUUCGCUACUAAAUUGCAAAAGGGUUCAUUUUAUUGAUUUUAUUUGCCAUCUGAAGCUAUACUCGUACAGCUAUUUAUUGCUUCAAGUACCUUAUGUGUGAAUGCAUGUGUGAUUUGUUGUGCACCCUGCAUGUGUACUAAUUAUUUCCGCCGUAUAUUACGGUAACCAUAAAAAUUAUGAAAGGAAAUAUUAAAUGUGUUCCGCAACAUUUGAUUACCGAGUUCUAUAUAAUCCUAAUAUAAUUACAUUGUGGUGAGAUAAAAAAAUCGCCAAAACGCCGUACCAAACGAAAAUGGAGCGCAAAUUGCUAUACGCCUUUCGGGGCUGGAUAGCAUUUGUUGCUUUUAUGGAUUUGGGAACGGCAUUUCGUAGUUAUAUAGAGAGGCGGAGCUUUCUUGGGGAUCAUACGGAUACUCAAUUUAUCGAAGGCGAUUACACAAUAUCCCGCAUAAUUGGCAUGUAUUGUUUGCUCAAAGCGAUUGCUUUAGUUCAUUGCACGCUCUACAUUCACUACAGACCAGUCGUUAGCAUGGGUGGCUGCUCAUUGGCUUUAACCAUGGUUCUUUAUGCUUCCGAAGCUUUAUACUUUCGUUCGAGUACAUUGAACUUUUAUGUGAUCUUCCCCUGCGUUCUAAAUUCCAUUACUUUAAUUGGACUCAUUUAUAUACCUAGGCGUUUACGCUUGUGGGAGCCCAGCUCAGAUAUGGACGAUGAAAACUCGCAAUUACUAAAGCAAAUGACUGGUUUCAAACGACGCCGCACGAAAAAACAAAUAUAAAAUUUAGAAAAAAUUUAAAAAACAAAUAUAUUAGAGUGAUAUUUUCAUGAAUACAACAAGUUUAGAAGCACUUUAACGGAAUUUUUUUAAAAAUGAUUAUCAGUAUAAAAAAAGGAAAACAUAUUAAAAAUUACAUUACAGUAUUAGUUUAAACAAUUAAAAUCUAGUAUGGUUUUAAGAGCACGAACUAUUCAAGAUUAAUUUACACGUAUGUAAAUAUAUUAACCACAAUAUUAAUCUGUGUUGGCAAAACUUUUCAAUUUUAUAGUAUUUAAAAACUUGUAAAAGUAGGAGCAAUAUGUGGAACUAAUUAAGAAUUAUCAAUUAAAACCCAAAUGUCAUAUAUGUAUGUACAACACUUAUUAUCAAAACUUUCCAAUAAUGAAAUACAAAAAAAAAAUAUAUUUAUAUAACUUGGACUAAGCACAUCGUCAAUUUAAACAUUAAUUAACAAUACACACUUUAUAUCAAGAUACAUAUGAAAAAUACAAACUUGAAACCGUAUUUAACUUUGGCUAAAUUAAACUAUAAAGCAUGCAGCAACAUAAAAAAAGAAUAGUCAGAUACAUAGCCGUUUUUAAUUAAAAACAUCUUUAAGAUGAUAAAGCAAUAAUAGAAUAAGCUUGUAGUUGUAGAUACAAUAUUUAAUAAAAAUUAAAUGAUUAAUAAACACUGA